AUGUGUAUACCGGGAUAUUCAGGACUAAACUGUGAAAACAACACAGACGAAUGCGAAUCUAACCCUUGUGAACAUAACGGUACUUGUAUCGACGGAAUGAAUAAUUACACGUGCACAUGUAUCCCGGGAUAUUCAGGACUCAACUGUGAAAACGACACAGACGAAUGCGAAUCUAACCCUUGUGAACAUAACGGUACUUGUAUCGACGGAAUGAAUAAUUACACGUGCACAUGUAUACCGGGAUAUUCAGGACUCAACUGUGAAAACGACACAGACGAAUGCGAAUCUAACCCUUGUGAACAUAACGGUACUUGUAUGGACGGAAUGAAUAAUUACACGUGCACAUGUAUACCGGGGUAUUCAGGACUAAACUGUGAAAACGACACAGACGAAUGCGAAUCUAACCCUUGUGAACAUAACGGUACUUGUAUGGACGGAAUGAAUAAUUACACGUGCACAUGUAUACCGGGAUAUUCAGGACUCAACUGUGAAAACGACACAGACGAAUGCGAAUCUAAUCCUUGUGAACAUAACGGUACUUGUAACGACGGAAUGAAUAAUUACACGUGCACAUGUAUACCGGGAUAUUCAGGACUAAACUGUGAAAACGACACAGACGAAUGCGAAUCUAACCCUUGUGAACAUAACGGUACUUGUAUGGACGGAAUGAAUAAUUACACGUGCACAUGUAUACCGGGAUAUUCAGGACUAAACUGUGAAAACGACACAGACGAAUGCGAAUCUAAUCCUUGUGAUCACAACGGUACUUGUAUGGACGGAAUGAAUAAUUACACGUGCACAUGCAUACCGGGGUAUUCAGGACUAAACUGUGAAAACAACACAGACGAAUGCGAAUCUAACCCUUGUGAACAUAACGGUACUUGUAUGGACGGAAUGAAUAAUUACACGUGCACGUGUAUCCCAGGAUAUUCAGGACUCAACUGUGAAAACGACACAGACGAAUGCGAAUCUAACCCUUGUAAACAUAACGGUACUUGUAUCGACGGAAUGAAUAAUUACACGUGCACAUGUAUCCCGGGAUAUUCAGGACUCAACUGUGAAAACGACACAGACGAAUGCGAAUCUAACCCUUGUGAACAUAACGGUACUUGUAUCGACGGAAUGAAUAAUUACACGUGCACAUGUAUACCGGGAUAUUCAGGACUCAACUGUGAAAACGACACAGACGAAUGCGAAUCUAAUCCUUGUGAACAUAACGGUACUUGUAUCGACGGAAUGAAUAAUUACACGUGUACAUGUAUACCGGGAUAUUCAGGACUCAAAUGUGAAAACAACACAGACGAAUGCGAAUCUAAUCCUUGUGAACAUAACGGUACUUGUAACGACGGAAUGAAUAAUUACACGUGCACAUGUAUACCGGGGUAUUCAGGACUAAACUGUGAAAACGACACAGACGAAUGCGAAUCUAACCCUUGUGAACAUAACGGUACUUGUAUGGACGGAAUGAAUAACUACACGUGCACAUGUAUACCGGGUUAUUCAGGACUAAACUGUGAAAACGACACAGACGAAUGCGAAUCUAAUCCUUGUGAACAUAACGGUACUUGUAUCGACGGAAUGAAUAAUUACACGUGCACAUGUAUACCGGGAUAUUCAGGACUCAACUGUGAAAACGACACAGACGAAUGCGAAUCUAAUCCUUGUGAACAUAACGGUACUUGUAUCGACGGAAUGAAUAAUUACACGUGCACAUGUAUACCGGGGUAUUCAGGACUAAACUGUGAAAACGACACAGACGAAUGCGAAUCUAACCCUUGUGAACAUAACGGUACUUGUAUGGACGGAAUGAAUAAUUACACGUGCACAUGUAUCCCGGGAUAUUCAGGACUCAACUGUGAAAACAACACAGACGAAUGCGAAUCUAACCCUUGUGAACAUAACGGUACUUGUAUGGACGGAAUGAAUAAUUACACGUGCACGUGUAUCCCGGGAUAUUCAGGACACAACUGUGAAAACGACACAGACGAAUGUGAACUGAAUCCUUGUGAACAUAACGGUACUUGUAUGGACGAAAUAAAUAAUUACACGUGCACGUGUACCCCGGGAUAUUCAGGACUCAACUGUGAAAACGACACAGACGAAUGCGAAUCUAACCCUUGUGAACAUAACGGUACUUGUAUCGACGGAAUGAAUAAUUACACGUGCACAUGUAUCCCGGGAUAUUCAGGACUCAACUGUGAAAACAACACAGACGAAUGCGAAUCUAACCCUUGUGAACAUAACGGUACUUGUAUCGACGGAAUGAAUAAUUACACGUGCACGUGUAUCCCGGGAUAUUCAGGACUCAACUGUGAAAACGACACAGACGAAUGCGAAUCUAACCCUUGUGAACAUAACGGUACUUGUAUGGACGGAAUGAAUAAUUACACGUGCACAUGUAUCCCGGGAUAUUCAGGACUCAACUGUGAAAACGACACAGACGAAUGCGAAUCUAACCCUUGUGAACAUAACGGUACUUGUAUCGACGGAAUGAAUAAUUACACGUGCACAUGUAUCCCGGGAUAUUCAGGACUCAACUGUGAAAACGACACAGACGAAUGCGAAUCUAACCCUUGUGAACAUAACGGUACUUGUAUCGACGGAAUGAAUAAUUACACGUGCACGUGUAUCCCGGGAUAUUCAGGACUCAACUGUGAAAACGACACAGACGAAUGCGAAUCUAACCCUUGUGAACAUAACGGUACUUGUAUCGACGGAAUGAAUAAUUACACGUGCAGCUGUAUACCGGGUUAUUCAGGACUCAACUGUAAAAACAACACAGACGAAUGCGAAUCUAAUCCUUGUGAACAUAACGGUACUUGUAUUGACGGAAUAAAUAAUUACACGUGCAGCUGUAUACCGGGAUAUUCAGGGCUCAACUGUGAAAACAACACAGACGAAUGUGAAUCUAAUCCUUGUGAACAUAACGGUACUUGUAUCGACGGAAUGAAUAAUUACACGUGCACGUGUAUACCGGGUUAUUCAGGACUCAACUGUGCAAACGACACAGACGAAUGCGAAUCUAACCCUUGUGAACAUAACGGUACUUGUAUCGACGGAAUGAAUAAUUACACGUGCACAUGUAUCCCGGGAUAUUCAGGACUCAACUGUGAAAACGACACACACGAAUGCGAAUCUAACCCUUGUGAACAUAACGGUACUUGUAUCGACGGAAUGAAUAAUUACACGUGCACAUGUAUACCGGGAUAUUCAGGACUCAACUGUGAAAACGACACAGACGAAUGCGAAUCUAACCCUUGUGAACAUAACGGUACUUGUAUCGACGGAAUGAAUAAUUACACGUGUACAUGUAUACCGGGAUAUUCAGGACUCAACUGUGAAAACGACACAGACGAAUGCGAAUCUAACCCUUGUGAACAUAACGGUACUUGUAUCGACGGAAUGAAUAAUUACACGUGCACAUGUAUCCCGGGAUAUUCAGGACUCAACUGUGAAAACAACACAGACGAAUGCGAAUCUAACCCUUGUGAACAUAACGGUACUUGUAUCGACGGAAUGAAUAAUUACACGUGCACAUGUAUACCGGGAUAUUCAGGACUCAACUGUGAAAACGACACAGACGAAUGCGAAUCUAACCCUUGUGAACAUAACGGUACUUGUAUCGACGGAAUGAAUAAUUACACGUGCACAUGUAUACCGGGAUAUUCAGGACUCAACUGUGAAAACAACACAGACGAAUGCGAAUUUAACCCUUGUGAACAUAACGGUACUUGUAUCGACGAAAUGAAUAAAUACACGUGCACAUGUAUCCCGGGAUAUUCAGGACUCAACUGUGAAAACGACACAGACGAAUGCGAAUCUAACCCUUGUGAUCAUAACGGUACUUGUAUGGACGGAAUGAAUAAUUACACGUGCACAUGUAUACCGGGAUAUUCAGGACUAAACUGUGCAAACAUCACAGACGAAUGUCAAUCUAAACCUUGUGAACAUAACGGUACUUGUAUCGACGGAAUGAAUAAUUACACGUGCACAUGUAUACCGGGAUAUUCAGGACUCAACUGUGAAAACGACACAGACGAAUGCGAAUCUAACCCUUGUGAACAUAACGGUACUUGUAUCGACGGAAUGAAUAAUUACACGUGCACAUGUAUACCGGGAUAUUCAGGACUCAACUGUGAAAACAACACUGACGAAUGCGAAUCUAAUCCUUGUGAACAUAACGGAACAUGUAUCGACGGAAUGAAUAAUUACACGUGCACAUGUAUCCCAGGAUAUUCAGGACUCAACUGUGAAAACAACACAGACGAAUGUGAAUCUAAUCCUUGUGAACGUAACGGAACUUGUAUCGACGGAAUGAAUAAUUACACGUGCACAUGUAAACCGGGAUAUUCAGGACUUAACUGUGAAAACAACACAGACGAAUGCGAAUCUUACCCCUGUGAACAUAACGGUACUUGUAUCGACGGAAUGAAUAAUUACACGUGCACAUGUAUCCCAGGUUAUACAGGACUCAACUGUGAAAACAACACAGACGAAUGCGAAUCUAAACCUUGUGAACAUAACGGUACUUGUAUGGACGGAAUGAAUAAUUACACGUGCACAUGUAUCCCGGGAUAUUCAGGACUCAACUGUGAAAACAACACAGACGAAUGCGAAUCUAACCCUUGUGAACAUAACGGUACUUGUAUCGACGGAAUGAAUAAUUACACGUGCACGUGUAUCCCGGGAUAUUCAGGACUCAACUGUGAAAACAACACAGACGAAUGCGAAUCUAAUCCUUGUGAACAUAACGGUACUUGUAUCGACGGAAUGAAUAAUUACACGUGCACAUGUAUCCCGGGAUAUUCAGGACUCAACUGUGAAAACAACACAGACGAAUGCGAAUCUAACCCUUGUGAACAUAACGGUACUUGUAUGGACGGAAUGAAUAAUUACACGUGCACAUGUAUCCCGGGAUAUUCAGGACUCAACUGUGAAAAUGACACAGACGAAUGUGAAUCAAAUCCUUGUGAACAUAACGGUACUUGUAUGGACGGAAUGAAUAAUUACACGUGCACAUGUAUCCCAGGAUAUUCAGGACUCAACUGUGAAAACAACACAGACGAAUGCGAAUCUAACCCCUGUGGACAUAACGGUACUUGUAUCGACGGAAUAAAUAAUUACACGUGCACAUGUAUACUGGGAUAUUCUGGGGUCAACUGUGAAAACGACACAGACGAAUGCGAAUCUAACCCUUGUCAUAAUAAUGGUUCAUGUUUAGAUGAUAUGUUCAGUUAUAGUUGCAUUUGUAUACCAGGUUAUUACGGAGAGCAUUGUGAGAAAGAAGUAGAUGUGUGCCAAUCUUCACCCUGUAUGUACAACGGCACAUGCAUCAAUCUUGUAAAUAAUUACACGUGUUUGUGCCCCUCCGGAUUUGACGGUAGAAAUUGCAAUCAUAAUAUAAAUGAAUGUGCGCACCAUCCUUGCUCAUAUUUCAGUCUAUGUCACGAUGGGAUAAAUGGGUACACAUGCGUAUGUGAUCCGGGAUAUACAGGGAGACAUUGUGAAAUUAUUGCAAACCGGAUAGUUGAAAAGUCUAUAGGACCCCUUUGUACUGAAAAGCAAUGCAAUGGUAAUGUAUGUCUUCAUGGCGGAAUACUUGAUCGAAGAUUUUCCGAAGAAGAGAUGAAAUGUUUAUGCCAUCUUGGUUGGGAAGGUGAUAGAUGUGAGAAAGACAUAGACGAAUGUUUGGCCUUGCCUUGCAAUGAUUCUCGCGUGUGUAGCAACGCCCCUGGAAGCUUCUGGUGCCUCGAGUACGUUUCAUCUGAGAACACAUUGCUGGAAGAACAAAUUGAAGAAAUCAGAACGUCAUACCCUCUUUUAUUGAACAAGACAAAUGUUUUGCAGUGUGGUACAGUUCAGAUGGCGCUUGAACGCACUGAAGAUUCUGGAAGUUUGAGAGUCGGCAUCGUGUGUGAUGAUAAGCCCUUGUCUAAAGAUGAACUAGAGAGACUAUUUGCUACUUUACCGUUAACAGAAGUGCUGCGUAAGGAUACAGACGUCGGAACAAAGGACACAGCUUCUUCUUGGGAGAAGGUUUUAAGUUUGAUGGACAAAUACAAGAUUGCAUUGUCCGGUAUUGGACUUGGUCUUUUAAUUGCUCUUUGUGGUAUGGUAGUGAGCAUCUGUAUUUUGUGCGGAUGUUUCGACGGAAAAAAUAAAGUUAUCGAGAAGGAACCAGUAGAACUUCCUGAUGAAAUUAAUUCAAAACAGCACAAACGAAAAUAUAGCAAACUCAACAGAGCGUCUAAUGAUGCAUGCGACAGAAACAGAACUUCACAGAAACAAUUGCGACAUCGGGAAGAGCUGCAAGAAUUACGUCAUGUACCACGUGAUAAGGAUGACGUCAUGUAUAUGCAAAGACCUGUUGCUGCUAUCAGUGAUGAUCCGAAAUAUAGCAAUAAGUCAUCAAGUUCAAGAGAGAGACAGCAUUGUAUAGAAUAUACCAAUCCCUUGUUUAAAUACUAA